AGUUGUUAAAAUAAAAAUAAAAAUGGGGCAAUAUAUAUAAACGAGUUGUGAAGCUGCACUUACACCAUCUCUGAAUUAGGCGAAAUUAAAAUUAGGGUUAGGGUUCCACAUUUGCCCCAAACAAGCCUCAUCUUUUCAUUUCAAUGGCGAGCAACACAAAACAAGAAGGAAGCGCAAGUAGCGUUCCCGCAAAGAGAAAGCCAGUGUUCGUGAAAGUGAAUGAUUUGAAACCAGGCACCAAAGGCCACAAUCUCAUCGUCAAAGUCGUCUCCUCCACCACCGUUCUUGACAAAAAGUCAAUUCGGAGCUCCGGUAACACUCGUAUUGCUGAGUGUCUUAUUGCUGAUGAUACUGCCUCUAUUCUCUUCACUGCUCGUAACCAACAAGUUGACUUAAUGAAGCCUGGAACGACAGUUAUCAUACGUAAUUCUAAGAUUGACAUGUUUAAGGGUUCUAUGAGGCUAGCUGUUGACAAGUGGGGCCUCGUGGAAGUAACCGAACCUGCAAAAUUUGAUGUCAAAGAAGAUAACAAUCUCUCUCUAGUUGAGUAUGAGUUGGUUAAUGUCGAAGUGUGAUGAUCCGGAUUCCUCACCUUCAAGCUAUGUCAUUGUCUAUGCCAUAAGAUGUACUGACAUAAAGUUCUGGCACAACUGGGUUUGGUAUACCAAUAUCUCGGAGUCGUUUCUGUCUUUCAGCUGAUAAUAUGAGUAAUUGGAGUAGUUGGCAUGUAACAAUGACCCUUGUUUGAUUGUUUGCUUCUGAUACCGAAGCUAAUGAAUGAGUAGGUGACACAUCGACUUACUCUUCCUUUGAUAUUGAAUUCCUCUGUUUCCAAAUUCUAAUAAUUGGAUGUGUAAUUUUGGUUC